AUGGCAAACAUUCAUCCAAACGUUAAGCAAGUCCUCUACACUGAGGAUGAUAUUAAGCAAAGAGUGGCCCAGAUGGGUAAAAUGAUUGAGGCCGACUACAAAGACUCAAAAGAGUUGGUAUUCAUAGGAAUAUUGAAGGGAUCAUUCAUGUUUAUGUCUGAUCUGGUGCGUAGUGUGCAUCUGCCAAACACAUUGGUCUCAUUGGACUUUAUGUCGAUUUCGAGCUAUGGUCACUCCACCAGCAGCAGUGGUGUCGUCAAGAUCAACAUGGACCUGAAGGAGUCGAUCGAGGGCAAGGAUGUCAUUGUCGUAGAGGACAUCAUCGACAGUGGACUGACACUGAAGCAUCUGCUCGGAAUGCUCCACGAUCGUUUGCCACGUUCGAUCAACACCUGUGUACUCUUGCGCAAGAAGGAGGGUCUCAAAACAGAUGUGCCCAUCAAGUAUCUAGGCUUUGACAUUCCAAUGGUAUUCAUCAUUGGCUAUGGAUUGGACUUUGCCGAGAGAUAUCGUGAGAUUCCAUACUUGGGAGAGUUGAAAGAAGAGUGCUAUAAAACUGCUUAA